GGGCCAUUUAGAACAUUCACAGCUCAAAGAGAGUUUGAAUCUCUGCAAUCUUUUUGCCUUUAUACAGUUUUUUCUCAGCGCUCUUCGAAACUGAAAAUGCUGCCUGCUACUUUUAAACUGUGUGCUGGCAUCUCCUAUCGGCACAUGAGGAAUAUGACAUGUUUGAGGAAGAAUGCCAUGGUGGCCAUUCAUCAUGAGCUGUACAGGCUGGCAGGUCCGGGCCCCAGUAACUGGAUCAGCCAAGUCCACCGUCGAAGCUCUCUUCUCAGUUCUCAGAUUCAAGAAAACAGUUACAAUGAGGAGGAGAUGUCUUAUUUGAAACAAGGUGAAGAUGCACUGCAAAAGGCCAUCAGAAUCCUCAGCGAGCAGGACGGCUGGACCACUGAAACUGUUGCUGCGAAUGGAGACAAGGUCCUGAGCAAAGUGCUACCUGAUGUCGGGAAGGUGUUCAAGCUAGAAGUGAUGCUGGAGCAACAUCCUGAUGAUCUUUACAAAGAGCUAGUUGGAAAUAUGGAGCGAAUGGGGGAGUGGAACCCAAAUGUGAAAGAAGUCAAAAUUCUCCAAAAGAUCGGCCAGGACACGAUGAUCACCCAUGAGGUAUCCGCGGAGACCCCCGGCAAUGUGGUGGGACCCAGGGACUUUGUCAGUGUCCGAUGUGCCAAGCGGCGAGGCUCCACCUGCUUCCUGGCAGGAAUGUCCACUCAGCACCCAAAAAUGCCUGAGCAGAGGGGUGUUGUCAGAGCGGAAAACGGGCCAACCUGCAUAGUUAUGAAGCCCUGCGCUGAAGACCCAAAUAAGACCAAAUUCACCUGGUUACUAAGUAUAGAUCUAAAGGGCUGGAUCCCAAAGACAAUCAUAAACAAAGUGCUCGCUCAGACGCAGGUGGACUUUGCCAGCCACCUCAGGCAAAGGAUGGCUAACAAUGUUUCCGUGGAGAUGUCUCCUGCCUGGUGACACUGGAUGUCUAUUGAGCUUUGGCACCAGAGACGUGGCAGAAAAGUAGCCUCUGCUCAUUUACAAAAGAAAAAACCCAAAACAAAACUCAUAUUUGUCUGCUUAAACUGCUGCAGUCGGUAAAUGUGUGUUUUUCUUUCCCUAAAAAAUAGAAAAUCUGCCAUGAUUGUCUCUAACACCAGUCUUACAGACUGUGUGCUUUGCCGCCUUUGGCUUUUAGUGUCUCAGGUCCCUGUUUGGGUGUUUUAAAACAACUAGGCUAAAAUCAGAGAGAGAUCUUCAGAGAGAUUCAGUCUCAAACAAGUGCCCUGUAAAUCUAAUGCUACUGAUUAAAGGCAGGCGACAGUUAUAUAAUAAAAUUGUGGGUUUUUUAGAGCACAUAAUAACACCUUUAAGAGUUCUGAUCACAAAGUGAACACUAAACUGCAAAGUGAAGAGAAACUGAAUGCCAUUUAAAAUGUAUAUCCAGCACCACUAUAAACUGCAAUGUUGGGUUUGUGGAUUACUGAUCUUUAGAGUCUGGGUUGGACCUUUCACCUGUGGCUCCAGGUGAAAGGUCUACAACCCCAGGGAAUUUGUGCCUCUUCCCAGGAUCGUUUGCUUGUUAGAUUAAUCUUAAUAUUAAUAUACAGGCUAUACAACAUUGGAUGUGCCACAGCUAUCUUAACUGAAGAGCCAUUUGACUGCUAACAACAGCAACUGAACUUAACAAGAAGCUUAUGGUCCAAAUCCGAUUAUGAAGUGAAAUGUAACACAUGCAAAGAUUAAAAUCUCCACUUCUCCAGUUAGUGGAUUUUGGCUCCGGUGUUGUUCACUCCUUGUUGUUUUCUUUUCUAAAUUUGAUCAGGCCAAGCUUGGAGAAUUUAUCUGUUAAAUUUGAAAAGUCAUAGAGAUUGGAAUUCUCUUUUGGGAAAACACGAUUUAGUCAUUUCCCCUUGAACAGAAUGUUUUAAGUCUGAUUCAGGUACUCAUCAGAAAGCAUGUAAAAAAAUGAAUAUUAAAACAAUUUAAAACUGUAAAAGCAAAUAGAAAAAUAAUAAUCAUGUCGCAAUUUCACUGGCCUCAACGACUCCCCGUCCUGGUAAGACCUUCGGCAAAAGUCAGUGUAUGCUUUCUGACAUAUUCAUACAUCAUCAUCAUCAUCCCACUUUGGCAGAAAACAGUCAUUUAUUGCCCCUGCCUCUGCUGCGAAAUAGCACUGUUGUUUCAUUGUUUUAUUUAUUAAUAUUUUGCAGAUGUAUUUGGCUAUGAGCUAUUGUAACAUAAAGCGGUGUUGAAUAAAUGACAGCAGCAUCA